UAAUGGUUUUUGUGAAAAUUCAUGUGCGUUAUUGUUCAUCACAUCAUAAGUGAUGAUUGAAAUAAUUUUGAUAUAAAUUGGAUGUUUAAAAUGACGGUUAUGAAGUGAGUGCACUGAAUGCACCCAAAAAAGUGAGUGCACCGAAGACGCCACUAUAUAUAUAUAUAUAUAGAGAGAGAGAGAGAGAGAGAGAGAGACUUUCGGAAGAAGAAUUUUUUGGCGGCAAUGAUGGAUUUGUGAUUUUUGUUGAUCUAUUGUGUAAUGUUUGUAUCGAUUCGGUUUGUAUUGUUUAUCAUUCUUCUUUAUAAUUUUUAGUGACAUUUUGUACGGUUAGUAUGUUUUGUACUGUUUGUCGGUUAGUAUGUUUUGUAAUGUUAGUCUAGUUUGUUAUUUUUCUCCACCAUGUUCGUAAUGUUUGUAUGUCUAAAAAACAACCGGGUUGACUUUGGGACAGAGCCCUCUAUAUAGGGAUGGAGCCUCCAAAGUCAACCCGUUUUUUUUUUUUGGGUAUGGUUUGUAUUAUUUGUCGGGCUAGUUUGUAUUGUUUGUACAGUUUAUACGUUUGUAAUGUUUGUAAAUCUGUUUGUAUGUUUUGUCGUUGUAGUUUGUACUGUUUUUAUGUUUGUAUGGUUUGUACUGAUUGUAAGUCCGGCUUAUAUAUUUCGUAAUUUUCCAUAAUAUCCAAACUACUCCUGUCAUUAAUUAAAUAGCUCUUCCCACUUUUUAACCAUCAAAUUGUUGUGUCGAGAUAUAAGGGUUUAGAGUUUGGACACUUAUUAGUCACUGGAUCCUCCCUCCUGCCUUGCGCGAGAAGCUCACCAAAAUGCCAUACGCAGAUGGAGACAAGCUAGUGAGAUUUUUAACCCGCCAAUGGGACUUCCAUUUAACACUAUGGACUAUUUACAGGCUACUUUUAAUCUGUCAAUCUGCUGCAGAGUUUAUGAUUCCACCCGAGUGAUGACUUGGGCCUGUUUUGGGCCUAACUUGGGCAAUGAGUUGAAAAUUGAGCCCACCUUUCAACCCAGUAUCUCUAAAGCCCACCUUUCGUUUUUUUCUGCCCGUCAAACCCUCGCAUUCUCUCCUCUGUGUUAGAGGAGGCUUAGAGCUCUCAAAUUUGAUUUUGCGAUCAGAAUACUCAAUUCCCUCCUAACUCUCCAUCGCCGAGCAAUUUAUUUACGAGAACUUGGCAGUCGCCCCCCAGCACCAGAGGACAAAAACCUCUCCGAUUAGCUUCGCCAAUUUCGUAUCACAUUCUCUGGUGAUUUAGCUCUUCCGCUCUAACAUUCAUCACCGCCAAGAAGGAAAGUUCAGAGGCGCCCCAAGAAGCUAUGGCGGCGACCGAAUCUGGUUUCUUUACAGAACAACGGAGAGAAGAAGAACUGGAUUCGACAGUUGAGUUGCCUGAUGAACUUGUUGUCAACUUCCUGUCCUCGUUGACUCUCAAGGAAGCAGUUAGAACUUCAGUGCUCUCCAGAAAGUGGAUUAAUUUAUGGAAAUCCUCCAAUUUGGUGCUGGACUUCGAUGCUAUGGAGGAGUUAAUAGCUAUUCAUAUGUCCACAGGGAAGAUACAGCCAUUACUGAAAGAAAAGAGGAGGUGGUUAAAGAAUUGGGUGAAUGGGGUAGUGGGGCAGUUGCAGGAGCAUAAUAUUAAUAAUGCCUUGACACUUAAAAAGUUCAGAGUUGUAUUCAACUUCACCAAACAGUGCAACUCCGAAGGGGACAUCGACAGAUGGGUGGAGUUUGCGAUUUCAAAGAGAGUCGAGUCUCUUGAUUUGCACUUCGAUACCCAGUUUAUGGGGAAUGCUGAGUUGUAUGAUUUCUCAGAGGAUGUUUACAAUCACAUCAAGACCCCAGCUGGAUUACUAGAUAUCAAGCCCCUCAAAUCUUUGCGUUUGUGUUGUGUUGAAGUCAAGAGGGAGGUUCUUGAACAUUUCAUCUCCAAUUGCCCAUUGCUUGAAGAGUUGGCUGUGGAAAGGACAGAUUUCCUGAAAAAGCUCAGAGUUGUGGGUUCGUCUGGAUCGCCACUCCGAUUGAAGUACUUGGAAUUAAGGCACUGCGAGAUUCUGGAGUCCUUGGAGAUUGAUCACACCCCUUUCCUCGAGCGCCUGAUUUAUGAUAAAUGUGAUACACUGAUGGAAUGGCGAGUGGGUAAAUGCCCAAGUCUUGUGCAAAUGAUCUUAGGCUUUGGUUUAUAUUGGGAUGGGUACAAUAACGUGGUUAAAGCACUUUAUGGAUGCGUAAGUCAGUUAGAGCAUCUGUUGGUGAAGACGUUUGCGGUGGGCAGGCUAUUUGAGGAUGUGGCUGAACACACACGCCUGGAGCGGCUGACGGUCGAAGCUUGGGGAGGAGGCAAUAACAGUCUUCUUGAAUUGGUUCCUUUGAUAAACGCAUGUCCUCGUUUGCACACGUUGCAAGUGUUUAUGCAUACGUACAAUAACGAGCAACGCACUACACUCCCGCAAACUAUUGUGAAAAUGCAGCGUGAGAGCAUCAAGGUCGUGGAGAUUAUUGGGUUUAGAGGCUUUUCAAUCGAAUGCGAGCUUGUUGAGUAUGUGAUGGAGUAUUUCGUGGCAUUGGAGAGGAUGGUGGUUGAUCGCGCAGUGGGAGAUUACCUUCCUUGCGAAGGUGUGAUUCUUGGCGGUAGAAUACCCAAGCUUUGCACCGAGGAGGAAGCUAUGGAAGCUGAAAAGCUUGCGUUGGAAUUCAAAUUAAGAGCACGUCCAACACUUGAAUUUGUUGUAAUUUGAUCAGUUGGUGUGUUUUUUUCUUUAUCUUCUUUGGUGUCCACAAUGCAUAAGAAAGGGUGUUAAUCUCCCCAUUCGUGCCCUGCAUCCAUGCUAAGUGUAUCGUCCGGAUGCCGAUGAGAAAGAGUUGAAACUUGAAACUUCUGUGCGGAAAUGAUCAAGUUUGGAUGAUUUCAUUGGAACUGCGUCUACAGAACUGUGCUUAUCUUGUGGAUGUGUUGAUAGGAUCUUGUUUGAGCAGACAUGGUUUCGCAUGUCACUCCAUCUCCUGCUACGCUCGUCAGUUGGCUGUCCUUAUCGUGAAGGCGUGAAGUUCAGACUGGUGAGCAGAACAAAAAUAAGAAGAAGAGAGAAAGAAACGUUGUUGCUGCUGCUGCUGUCGAUUUGCUUGAAUUAUCUACUGGUUUGAAUGACUAUGCUUUAAGGUUCUGAUCUCGCUCUUGCUAUUUUGGUAUUUACCCAUAAGAUAAACAAGUAAAGAUAGAUAAGCAAGGAAUUAAGGAUAGAUAAACUAGAUAUGAUAUAUAAGGUAUCAAUUAUUUUGGUAGCUUCAUUCUAGAGGAUCAUGCAUACCAUCUCAUUAAUGACAUGCAUCAUAAAUCAUAUUCUAUUAUGAAAUUAUGAUACUCUAUCCCUUCUACGAAUGCAUUCCUAACCGGGCACAUGUGAAAGGAACUCCAACUAGUUAAUGUGUGUUUUCUCUUUAUGCCACUAACUAAUCAAUAAUAACAAGGAAGUAAGGAU